AUGGAGAUCGCGCACGCGCGCGGCGACGACCGCGGCGCGCGCAAGGUCUGGAUCCUGCACGAGUUCGAGGCGGCGCUCGUCGACGCCUGGGGCCUCUGCGAGUCGGAGCAGGCGAGCCUCGAGGCCGUGACCCACGAGCUCUGGAAGCGCCUCGAGGUCGCGCACCGGUGGCGCGGCGAGUUCGACGCGAUCCCCGCGGGCGACGCGGCGCUCGUCAAGGUCUGGCUCGCGUCGAAGUUAAGCGUCGACUCCUUCCGCAAGACGGAGCGCCUCAUCUACGAGCGCACGCUGAAGCGGGACCUGGACUACGCGAAGCUCUGGCACCGGCCCGCGGCGCCGUCGACGGCCGCCGUCGCGUUCGCGGCCGCGCUGUGCGUCGUCGCGUUCCUGCUGCCCGUCUACUACCUCGUGCUGACGGGCACGCGCCUCGGGCCGAAGCGGAGCUGGAGCUUCCUCGUGAACUUCGGGUUCGAGUUCGCGAUCACGUACUUCCUCGUCGCGCCGCUGACGAUCCUCUUCAACAAGGUCUUCCUGCCGUCGCUGCUCGACGAGCGCCUCAAGAAGGCGGCGCUCGAGGACGCCAAGGACGCCAAGCACUUCGCGGCCUACCCCUACGCGACGCCCCUGGCGCAGACGCCCCUCGACCUGCUCGUGGACCUCGAGCCGCGGCUCCAGGCGCACGUCGCGUCCGCCAAGUCGGCGAAGCCGUCCGCGCGCGGCGCGUCGCGCCUGACGCUGGCCGGGCCCGGCGGCGCCGCGGUCGUCGCCGCGGGGCCGAGCCUCGAGGUGCUCGAGGAGAUCUACAACGAGACGCACUGGCGGCCGACGUGGGCGUCGUACGUCGCGCUCGGGCUCCUGGGCUACUUCCUCGAGCUCCCGGACACGCUCCAGGACAUUCUGAUGGAGGAGGUGCUGCUCUUCAUCCCGGCGACGUCCUUCUUCGUCUCCAAGGGCAUCUUCUCGGCGACGGGCCGCGUCCGCCGCGGCACGUACUCGAACGGCGGCUUCCUCCUCGUCUUCACGCUCCUCUUCGGGAACCUGUCGGCGCUGGCUCUGACGGCGUUCCUGAGCCGGGCCCAGGAGCGCAACGCGAAGCACCACCACGCGCGCCGCGAGAAGGCGCACGAGCGCGCGUCGACGUUCGCCCACGCCACGGACCAGGGCCGCUCCGCCUACGUCCUCCCGGGCCUCGACGACGACGACGACGACGACGACGACGACGACGACGACGACGACGACGAGGCGGCCGCGCCGGCCGCCGCCGACCAGGCGCCGGCCGACGACGACUGGGACCGGCGCGAGUCGCUCCACACGGAGCUCUCCGGCGUCCUCGCCAAGACGCCCGAGACCAUGCCCCCCAUCCCCCCGAAGCCGCUCCCGAGCAAGAAGAACGGCAACGCCCCGGAGGCCCGGGCCCGGUCGGGCGGCAUCCUCGAGGCGCUGCCGCCGAACCUCUUCGGCGUCGUCUUGGAGCACCUCUGCGUGGAGGACAUCUGCGACUACUGCUGCGUCGCGAAGCUCUUCGACCGGGGCGUCGCCUACGUGACGAACCUGGAGAUGCGCACCGUCGCGAACGUCAACGCGGACCGCGACCCCGCGUCGCACGCGCUCUGGCAGCCGACGGUCUGGCUCCGGUUCCAGCGCGUGACGCACGUCACCCUAGCCAUCGAGUCGCCGGCGGCGCUGCUCCACUUCGCGUCCGUGGCCUGCGGCGCGCCCCACUUCAGGUACGUCGAGCUCUUCCUGAGCUUCGGCGUCGCCGACGAGUCGGAGGCCGUCGACGAGCGCUUCGGCCACGCGCUCCGGUCGCUCGCGGCCGCGCUGCACCGCGGCGCCCUGCCGCGCCUCGAGUCGCUGACCGUGCACUGCUUCAACCGCCACUCGGAGUCCGUCGACAGCGAGUGGACGACGCGGCUCGCGGCGUUCGCCGGGCCCGACGCGCUCCGGGGCCUCGCGGCGCUCGCGCGCGCGCUGCCGCCCAUGCUCGGCGUCGUCAACGCCGUGGAGUGGACCCUGCCGUCGGCCUUCGUCGAGGACCUGCUGCAGCGCGCGCCGGCGCUCGACCUGUCGCGGCACCCGCCGGGCGGCGGGCCGUCGGUGCUCGCGACGUGGGCCGACGCGGCCGACGACGGCGACGACUCGCUGCGGACGCUGCGGCUCCUGCGGAGCCGCGGCGCCGACGUCGCGGGCGCGGCCACGGACCCGUCGAGCCCGCUGUCGAACGUCGUCCACAACGGCUGCGUCCGAGCGACGAAGGCGGUCUUGGAGGCGGGCGCGGACCCGGACGAGGGGCGGUGCUGCGGGCCGCCGCUGCUCAUGGGCUCGGGCGUCUGGCACGACGGCGACGUGCUCUGCCCCUGCUGCUGGCUGGACCGCACGCCCGCGGGCGCGCUCGACCCGGACCUCCCGUCGCGGCGCGCCAAAAUCCUCGCGGCGCUCCUCGACGCGGGCGCGGACCCGGCGAGGACGCACGCGGCGGCGCCGGGCCUCACGGCGGCGCGGGGCGUGCUCCGCCACCUGCGGACCCUCGCGGACGACCGGGAGGACUCCGACGACGACGACGACGCCGCGGCGCGGCUCCAGGACCUCGGCUUCUCCGCGCUCGUGCCCGGGGGCGACGACGACGUCGGCAUCGACCGCCACGGCGCCUGCGAGAAGAACCACCUCCAGGGCGGCCGCGUCGGCUACACGAAGGCCCUCUUCGCGAUGGCCGCGCACAUCACCGCCGCCGUCGAGCGCCGCGCCGCGGCCGCCGCCGCGCCGCCGGCCAAGAAGAAGCGGACGAAGAAGCGCAAGCGCGAGGGCGACGUCGCGACGACCAUCGCGAGCCGGACGCGCGCGCGCGCGAGAGACAGCUUGUCGACCUUCUGCUCCACAAUGGUGCUCACCGACGCCCAGAAGAUGCAAAAUGCGCGUUUGACGCACGGCUCCGAGUUCUUCUAUCGCGUCGCACACUCGGAAGUCUCGCUAACCGCCAAGGAAUCACCCGAAUUUGUCAUGCCCGACUGCGAAGACGCCAGCGAGGCGGAGCUCGAAAAUCUCGCGGAGACCCUCUGCGCGAACGUCUCGCGGUUCCAGGGCGCCGUCUCCACCGGCGACGACGACUUCGGCUCGGUGUCCGACUUUGCGGUGUCGACCGCCGACUUCAAGGUCGACGGCGUCGCGUUCGCUCUCGACAAGAAGUUCCAGGGCAUGUCGCAGUGCGACAUGGGCAUCGCGACGCUGCUCUGCCGCAUCGGCAAGGGCGCGCCCUUCGAGCUCCUGUCCCUCGGCGGCGGCGAGAACUCGGGCUACCCGUCCGAGGCGAACGCCGCGGCGUUCAAACGCCUCACGAAGAAGCUCGGGCUCGAGCACGCGUCCCCCGCGGAGGUCCUGGCCGUGAUCAUCGCGGUCGCGGACCCGGGCGGGCUGCUCGCCGCGCCCCUGCUUCGCGUGCGGAACAGCGAGACCGAAUUCUACUCGUACUCCGAGGACUACUUCGGCCCGAGCUACGGCGACGACGAUAUGUCGUUCGCGGGAAAGGUCCCGAUCUUUGGUGAGGCCAUGCCCCUGAUCAACUACCUCGUGCCGGGGAGCGACUCGAGCGACGACGAGGAGGGCGACGAGGACGAGGACUAA